AAGCUGCACCCCCACCCCCUACCCCCUCCCUGCCCUAACCUCCCCUCCCACCUCCCUGCCUGUGAAAAUGUCGAUGAAUUGUGCUCCGGACAUCACUAAGGAGGAUGACAGCGGACUGCUAAAUGAGUCUGUGGGUGGCAGAGGAAAAGCAACCCUGCAGCCCCCUAACAAGGAGGGUACUGGAGAGGCCCAGGAGGGAGAGGAAAGCUCCACACAGGAAUCUCAGCGACGGACCCAGAACCAUGGGCAUGGAAGGAAAAGGGCCAAGUCCAAUGCUAAACUGAAGCUGGUGCGCAGCCUGGCAGUGUGUGAGGAAUCUUCUAGCCCAUUCAGUACAGAUGGACCCCCAGAGUCACAGGAUAUCAUCCAGCUGCAUAUCAGCUGCCCAUCUGAUAAGGAGGAGGAGAAGUCCUCCAAAGACGAGUAUGAGAAUGAGGAGAAAGAGAAGAACAAGGAGAAAGUGCCACGGAAGAUGCUGUCUCGUGACUCCAGUCAGGAAUAUACUGACUCUACUGGCAUUGACGUACAUGAAUUCUUGGUCAACACACUGAAAAACAACCCCCGGGAUCGAAUGAUGCUGCUGAAACUGGAACAAGAUAUUCUGGAUUUCAUUAAUGAUGACAAUAACCAGUACAAGAAGUUCCCCCAGAUGACCUCAUAUCAUCGGAUGCUGCUUCACCGUGUAGCUGCCUACUUCGGUAUGGAUCACAAUGUGGAUCAGACGGGCAAAGCGGUCAUCAUCAACAAGACCGGCAACACACGGAUUCCUGAGCAGAGGUUCUCUGAACACAUCAAGGAUGAGAGAAACAUGGACUUCCAGAAGAAGUUCAUUCUGAAGCGGGAUGAUGCUAGCAUGGACAAAGAUGACAAUCAGAUCCGUGUGCCGCUGCAAGACGGGAGGCGGAGUAAGUCUAUUGAGGAGCGUGAGGAAGAGUAUCAACGGGUACGAGACCGGAUCUUUGCCCGCGAAUCCUCUCAGAAUGGAUAUGUCAAUGACAACAGACUUACCACUGACGGCUAUUCCUCUAGCUCCCAAAAGAGGAGGCAGAUCUUUAGGGGAAACCGGGAGGGCUCCAGCCGUGCAUCCAGCAGCCGCCAAAGCAGCACAGACAGUGAAAUGAAGAGCCUGGAGCCACGGCCUUGGAGCAGCACCGACUCGGACAGCUCCAACCGCACACUGCGGCCACCUGUCACUAAGGCCAGCAGCUUUUCAGGCAUCUCCAUUCUUACCCGUGGUGACAGCCUGGGUGGGAAGAGCUCACAGGGCAGCUGCAGGGGCUCACGUUCUGGUCUUCCAUUGAUCACCCCAGAUGUUUGCCCCCAGCCACCUGCACCCCAGCCAAAUCGCAGUCUGUUACCCUGUCCCUCCAAUCCCCAGCAGUCUCAAGGGCAACAGGCACAGCCUCCUACUCAAACGGCCCUGUUACCUACCCCAACGCAGCAUCCUUUGGGCAAUCAUAUCAUGGCUCAGCCGGUGGCGUCUCUGCAGGCUUCCCCGCAGCCUGUGUCAUACUCCAGCCCUUCCUGUCCCCAGGUCCUGCUGCCCGUCUCUCCUCCCCAGCAGUAUAAUAUGGCGGAUGACUUAGGUCCGCAGUUUGGGCAGAUGACUCUGAGUCGACAAGGGUCCAGCGAGGCUCCAGAACCGCCCUCCAUGUUCCAGCCACCUCCUGCCGUCCUGACACAGCAUCCUCCACCUCAAACCAGCUACAUCAUGGCAACAGGGGGCCAGCCCAUGCCCCCUCCUCCUGGUUACCAGCCCAACUCUGGACACCCCCAUCCCCCACCCCCUCCUCCACCUCCAUCCCAGUCUGUCCUUCAGGCCCCACCCCCUCCACAGGGCUACAUGCAACCACCUCCUCCACAGCAGAUCCAGGUGUCCUAUUACCCUCCUGGGCAGUACCCCAGUUCAGGGCAACAGUAUCGGCCCAUGUCUCACCAGGUGUCUUACCCCACGCAGCGCUCACAGCCCCUGCCCCAGCCCACACAGCAGUCUGCUGGUCUUCAAACAAUCAUGCCCAAUCAGCAGCCAGCCUACCAGGGCAUGAUGGGAGUCCAGCAACCUCAGAAUCCUGGUCUUCUCAAUACCCAGCGAACUGGUAUGAGUGGACAGAUGCAAGGCAUGAUGGUCCAGUACCCUCCAAUGCCUUCCUACCAGGUGCCAGUGGCAAAUGAAUCGCAGCAGGUGGUUCAGCCACAGUUCCAACAGCCUGUGAUGGUGCCUGUGAGCCAGUCGGUGCAGGGAGCACUUCCUGGGGGCGGUGUGCCUGUCUAUUAUAGUGUCCUGACCCCCACUCAGCAGAACAGCACAAGUCCAUCUGUGGGGUACCUGCAGCCCCCCAGCUCUGAGCAGUACCAAAUGACACAGUCCUCCCCUCCCUGCAACCUUCCACAGAUGCAGCAGCAAUAUUCAACUGUACCACCUCCUGGACCUGGUGUGAUGGUGAUGCAGCUCAGUGUCCCUAAUGGUCCCCAGCCUGCCCAAAACCCUCCAAUGGUGCAGUGGAACCCCUGCAAGUACUACAGCCUGGAGCAGAGGCCCAGCAAACCUGGAGAGCUGUACAAGCCUGAGUCCAGCACACAGGUCAGUACUCAGCUGAGCAGCCCUCUGGCCUCCCCUACACAGUCCCCUACACCCUCCCCCUCAGGCAGUGUGAGCAGUGUGUGUCCUGGCUUGGGGCCUCUGCCCCUCAUCUCUCAGUUUCCCCGGCCAGGUGGACCAGCACAAGGUGAUGGGCGCUACUCUCUGCUGGGUCAGCCACUGCAGUACAGCCUCUGUCCCCCACCACUCAUGCACAGUCAGUCCUACAGCUCCCAUCAGGGCCAAGGAGCAAUGAAACAUGGAACUCGAGGGAAGAGACAAACACUGAAGUCUGCCUCUACAGAUCUGGGGACUACUGACGUGGUGGUUAGCAGGGUACUAGAGGUGACUGAUCUGCCAGAGGGGAUCUCGCGACCGGAAGCAGAGAAGCUCUUCAAUCAGCUGUCACUCUGCGGAGCCAAAAUUCAAUGGCUGAAGGACACCCAGGGGGGGCGAGCCAAUGCAGGGGGCGGAGGCGGGAAGAAUGACGCCAGUGACCCCGCACACCUCUACACUGUGGUGGCUGUGUUUCCCAACACCAUGGCUGCCCAGAGCGCUUCCUUCAAACUCAACAACAGCGGUGCCAGUCUCUUCAAGCUGAGAGCUGCCAAAAAGAACUAUGACUUGCGCAUCUUGGAGAGGGCAAGUUCCCAGUGAGGAGAAGUUGAGGGAAAGGGCAGGGGGAGGGGGCGGGGUCUGUGAGAGAGGAGCACACCAAAGGAGUGGGAGGGUCAAAAGAAGACACUUUGAGUUUGGAUUGGGGCGACAAAUUUGAGAAGCAAAAUGGAAGGAAAUGAUGCCAGAAUGAUGGGUGCUCUCUAUUGAGGAUUUUUUUAAAAUGUUUUGAUCCUUUUGCCUUUUUGUGUUUACCAGAAGCACACAAGACACGUAAACAUGUGCGUCGUCAUCAUCGUGUGUAAUCUGUUAGUUGCACACACUCCAUGGGCAGCAGGGUUGCGUAGCACACAAAAGGACACACUGGACAGUCAACCUCAGUUGAUACUUUACCCCAUUUCCCUCCUGCUCUGCUCUCCCCUCCAGCCUUCUCUGCUCUUCAUCUCUUCCCAUCACUCUCCUUUCUUGUUUCUUCUUCGCUUUCUCCCCCUUCUUAUUGCUUAAUACUUUUACAGUCUUUCGUACGCACAGUUACUGUCUCUUUCUCUCGCUUUCUGUUUGCCUUACUGCUGUUGUGGAUUUCUGUAUUGCGCAGUUUUUUUUUUUUCUCAACUUUUUUAAAUUCCUUUUCUUGGUUCAAUAUAUUUAUA